UCAGGCAGGGUGCGGUUAUCCUGCUCAGCGGGAUGGUGCUCCAAAAAAUCGCACGGUUCCGUUAAAAAAGGAUAAUACGUGUUACGCAAGUUCUUGACUUCGACUUCAUCGUCCUGAUCGAGUAUCGGCUCCGGCUCUGGGUCGUCCUGACCGGGAGAAACUGGAGUUUCGACUUGGACGAGCCUGCAAUGGAAUCUCGGACUCAACGCGACGUACGUGUCGGACAGCUCUGGCGCUGCGGAAUCCACCGCAUCCCGGUGAUCUCAUUCCGACCUAACCUCCUACUCCAUUGUCAAGACCACAUCCUGAAGGAUGCCCUUCCAAGCAACAGAAGCAGCCCGCUGCCCCAAAUGUGGACAUCAGGUAUUCGCUGCGGAGGAAAUGCUCGCCGCUGGAGCGAAGUGGCACAAAAUUUGUUUCACUUGCGGCCUCUGCAAGAAACGGCUAGAUUCGACCAACUCGACUGAGCACAACGGCGACCUAUGGUGCAAGAUCUGCUAUUCCCGAAAAUUCGGACCGAAGGGAGUUGGCUUCGGCUGCGGUGCCGGCACAUUGAACAUGGACAAGGGCGAAAACUUCGGCAAUCAAGAAUCCGCCGGGAACAAACCCAUGGACCCGUACUACGGGAUGAACUCCAAAUUCGUGAACCUGGUUCUGUUCAACAAAAGUCCUGGUGGAGCAUCACCCAAACCACAAUGACGAGUGAAUUGCAACUUGGGUUAGUGAGCGGUGGUGAAGGAAAAGCCCAAGAUCACCUGAAAAGUCUAGGUAUUUUAAGGCACAGCCGGGAGGAUAUGAAACUGAGAGAUCCCCGAAGCAGCAAGAGGUCGACGAGCAAGGGCUCACUCUCAAUCCAGUAAAUUCUGGAGACCCUCGCCACAGCUGUCUUCUGUAAAGAAAUCACAUAACGGACUACGACUCGACCCGCUGUCGUAACGGCGGGAGCCGUGAGAUCGCUUUGGUGUCGUCAUUUCAGGCGCUCCUCCGGGUAUGUAGAGCUCCCGUGAAUAAAUUAUGUAAAUUAUGU